AUGGACAAAUCGCCGCUUGGAAGCCUCGCACCGGAGCUGCGCAACCGCAUCUAUGAGCUUGUCUUAGCACAAGACCAGCCAGUAUACAUCAUCCAGACCAGCCGCGCAUAUGGCAAAUACAAACAAGAUCCACACCGUUCGCGUCGACUCGAGAUCGCUAUCACCCAGACCUGCCGCCUUCUCCGACAAGAGUCUACCAAGAUGUUCUACGGUUUCAACUUAUUCACGUUCGCCGGCCCCGGUCAGACCGCUUUCGGCAAUCCACUGAACGUCGCACUCGGGUUCCUGGAGAGCAUCGGCGAAGUCAAUGCUUUCGCAGUCCGCGAGAUCCACAUCGAAAGUCACAGACGAACGCCCGUCUAUGCAGGUCCACCACACCCAAGAUCGGAGGAAUCGGCUGAAGAAGCCAAGAACCAACUCGACAUUGCCAGCAGGGGCGCGGAUCGGAUUUGUCAGAUGGCACCAGCUUGCCACGUUUUAGUGGACCUAUCAUUUCAUGCUGGCGCCCUCAGCUUCCACCUGCCAACACGAAGCGCUUCGAUGGAAAGAUAUAUCAAGGAGGUUUUAGCGCUAUUCGUAGAGAUGGCACCGGGGGUCUGGCCAUCAGGUGCAGUCACAGUCACCCAGCAGAUCAUCGAUGCACAGUGGAAUGCGAGGUAG